AUGGCUCCAGGUAACGGGCGCGACUUUAACUGCACUUGGGAGCAUUGUGGCAAGUCAUUUAAUCGCAAGUCCGAUCUCUGUCGCCAUUAUCGCAUCCAUACCAAUGAACGCCCCUAUCAUUGCACUGUAAAGGAUUGCAAUAAAAGUUUCAUCCAGCGCAGUGCCUUGACAGUACACUCGCGGACUCACACAGGUGAAAAGCCACAUGUGUGUGAUCAUGAAGGUUGCCAGAAAGCAUUCUCAGAUUCCUCGAGUCUGGCUCGUCAUCGCAGAAUACAUACAGGCAAACGACCAUAUAUUUGCCAAGAGCCAACCUGUGAACGAAGCUUCUGUCGCAAAACUACCCUCACUAAACAUCAACACCGCUCGCACCCUCCAGGGUCCAUGACUCGCCCAUCUUCAGAAGAUGCAACCUCGGAGCAUUCAUAUCAACACCAUCAACCUCCUGUGACAGUCUCCAUCCCAAAUCCAAAUGACCAGUACUUGCUUGCCCAGCAGCCCUACUACCCGAAAUUCCGCAACUCCCAACCACGAGUUCUACUCGCCUCAGAAUGUCCAAAUGGGCUCAGUACCAGUCCACGAGGGCGCACAUCCGAUUGUCUCGCAGAAUGUCCCCGUCACACAACCUAUGAGUAUGCCACAUGCUCCUCCUCCGCAAGCGCCUCCACAACACCCAUCGCAUCCACAAGCACACCCGCAGGGACAUCCACAAGGACAUUCACAGGCUCAUCCGCAAGGACAUCCAUCCCAUCCACAGGGUCACCCUCAACAGCAGCAAUAUAUUCAAAUGAUGCAGCAGCGCUACGAUCCGACGCCACGUACGAAUUACUUGCCGCCGGAAUAUCAUCAACCGCCGUACCAGGGCCAUCAAUUGCCAGAGGGACAACCGAUGAUGGUGGGAUACCAUCCUAA